CGUGUAAUCUGGUAUUAUCUGCGGUGAAGUCUGUAGCACAGAUGAUUCCAAUAUGGAGGCGUGGUGAAGAUACUUUUAUUUUGUUCAUGCUACUUAGAAUCAUUUUUAGCGUCUGUUGCACGACUAUCAACUUGUCAACAAUAUUUUGCUAAUCACACUCAAAUAUCUCUAAUAUAUGUGAUAAAAUUCGAAAGAUUCCAACACUACCAUAUACAUACAAAGUUAACAUGCUGUGACAGUACGAGCACAGAUUACCAAAAUCCAGUCAUUAGUAGCAGUUAGAGGCACCUACUCGAUUCCAGUUGCAGCUGUGAAAGGGCAGUUAGUAUGGAAGCCGAAAAAGAAGACAGCGAGUUCAGUACAAAUAACAUGGAAGAUGGAGGGAGGGGAAAAAGAAUACGAAAACGCCCAGUUGAUAGUUAUUUCUCAGACAGUCAGUCUGUAGCUUUUAAUGAGUGGCCACAUCACGAAAAAGUUGCACUGCUAGAUGCUCUGAAAAAGUAUGGUCACUGUGACAUAGUUAACUUGACUAAGGCUGUACCUGGCAAGAACAAGGAACAAAUAAAAAUGGUAAUUCGUAUGUGGUGGAAGGCAGCACGUACUGCAAUGCAAGCUUCAGCUUGCAGUGAGAAACGCAACAAGGAUAAUCUGAAAUGUGUGUCGAAGAGAACAGGAAGACCACCUGGACCAUCAAAACGUGUUCCAGAAGUCAGGGCUCCUAUUGACCAAUGGCUGCACAUGUUUGAACAGAGUGAGCCUGGUGGAGGCUACUCUCAGAUGAAGCUUCUGUCAAAAGUCUUUUUGUACAUCUCCAAAUAUGAAAAUCAUCCACCACCUGAAGACUGUAAUGGAGUGGAUUACAGGGAAAUGUAUGAAUACUUAUACUGCAUGUUAAAUGGUUAUCCAGGCAAGACACUGAACCCUGAAACAGCAGUGUUUGUUCUCAACAGUCUUAAUGAAAUGGCAGUGGACAUACGAAAAAGAGGAAUGCAGAAAGAAACAUUCUUCUUAGAUUGUGUACAGAGACUUUCUGGCGAAGUUCGUCAGUAUGGUGGAAAGAAGAAGAACAUAGAGCCUGACUUAGACCCUGUGUCACCAGAAGCAGUUAUGAAGAACUUGAACAAAAUCCAAGGUUUCAACCCAUUGAAUGUACCUAUCAAUCUGUUGAAGAAAUAGAGUAUCAUGUUGGUCAUUGUAAUACAAACAGCAUUUCUGUCCCAUUGAUGUACUUUUGAGAAGCAGACAUGGUUUCAUUACUUUAUAUUGUAGUACAGAGUUUUUAAAUAAAUUUUCAUCAAAUAUUCAUUCCACUAUCAUUUUGCAGCUUUCUAUAGUCUGGCUGAUGUAGGAAAUUAAACUUUGCUGCAGUUUUAUGGUUGCCCAAAUUUGAAUCUAUGUCACCAUUUUUUCUGUGUGCCAUCUUUAAAAAUGAAGUGUGUUUUUAUCAUCAUCCAGGAAAUUGACAGUGUUAUGCACAUUUGUAUAAUGAAAGUGUUAAUAAAACAAAAGCUUGCUAAAUUUGU